GCUGCUGGAAACUUCCAUUCCAUUUCCAAACGUAUAUUUUUCGGAUUCCCGUCAAACGCGUUCGUCUUCGGUUUCAGAUUUGCUUUUUGAUCGAUCCAAAGGCGGCAUCGGCCGGUUUGUUCUUCUCAAUUAACAGGUAGGGUGUGUAGAUAUGGCGAGCGGGUUUGGGGAAUCGACGAGCAGGCAACCCCAAAGCCCAUCGUGUUCAGACAACAAUAGUGAUGCUAGUAAUUUUGAGUGCAAUAUUUGCCUGGAUUUAGCUCAAGAUCCUAUCGUAACUCUAUGCGGUCAUCUUUUCUGUUGGCCGUGCCUUUAUAAAUGGCUGCACAUUCAUUCCCAUCCCCAGGAAUGUCCAGUUUGCAAGGCCAUCAUAGAAGAGCAAAAGUUGGUUCCCUUAUAUGGUAGGGGAAAGACAUCGACUGACCCGAGAUCAAAAAGUAUUCCUGGAAUUAACAUUCCUAAUCGUCCUGCGGGACAGAGACCUGAAGCAGCAGGUCCUCCCCCAGAACCAAAUCAUUUCCCUCACAAUGGGUUUGGAUUCAUGGGAGGUCUCGGAGGGUUUGCUCCCAUGGCGUCUACAAGGUUUGGUAAUUUCACCUUGUCUGCGGCAUUUGGUGGUCUUGUCCCAUCUUUAUUCAACUUUCAGAUGCAUGGAUAUGCAGAUCCAAGCAUGUAUGGUGCAGGUGCUGGCUUUCCAUAUGGGUUCCCUAACAUGUUUCAUGGUAGCCAUGGUCACGCCCAUGGAUACUAUCACCAUCUCCGUCAAGGUCAGCAAGAUUAUUACCUGAAGCGGCUGCUUAUGUUGAUUGGUUUCUGUGUUCUUCUUGCCCUAAUCUGGCAAUAGAUGAAAGGGUCCGUCCAUUAGAGCUUAUAUUACUUCAUGGUGUUUGAUGUAUUCAAUCUAUAAUGUAAAAAUUCCAAAAAAUCAGAUGGUACAUUGUCUUGAUAUCCCAUCAUUCGACUCAAUUAGUCUUACUGUAUGUUGAAGUGGACAUCAAUUUUUGUGUACUUAGGCAUGGUGAACAUCAGCUGACGUGCUUAUGCAAUUGUAUUUGAAGGUUUCCAUUUAUGCACACAUGUAUAUGUACAGGCUGACCCACCAAAUGCAAUCACAUGGCAGAGUGAACAAAGCACAUGCUUUGAUGGCUCAUUCUAUCUAA